UCUCAUCUUCAGAGAAGCAAGGCAAACAAAAAGAAAAAGUCACGAGUUUUUUUUUUUCUGGAUUUCUUCGCUUCCACCGGAGGAAGAGCCAGGAGUUGAUCGAAUCCUGCCUCGCCCCAAUCGCUCGUGCGCGAUUUGAUCCCGUCGUCCCUGCUCGCUCGCUCGCUCGCUCGCUCGAUCGAUCUAAACCCCUGGUCGAUCUGAUGGCGGCCAACGCCGGCAACAAGAUCCGCAACGCCAAGCUGGUUCUUCUUGGAGAUGUGGGCACUGGCAAGUCAAGCCUCGUUCUCCGGUUUGUGAAAGGCCAGUUUGUUGAGUUCCAGGAGUCCACCAUCGGCGCCGCCUUCUUCUCGCAGACCUUGGCUGUUAAUGAUGAGACGGUGAAGUUUGAAAUCUGGGAUACGGCCGGGCAGGAGAGGUACCACAGCUUGGCGCCGAUGUACUACCGGGGUGCUGCUGCUGCAGUAGUUGUCUAUGACAUCACAAAUGCGGCCUCUUUCACGCGUGCAAAAAAAUGGGUUCAAGAACUUCAAGCACAAGGAAACCCUAACACGAUAAUGGCUCUUGCUGGUAACAAGGCUGAUAUGGUAGAGGCGAGGCAGGUGCCAGCAGAAGAAGCAAAGACCUACGCACAAGAGAAUGGCCUCUUCUUCAUGGAAACUUCUGCGAAGACGGCGAUAAAUGUGAACGAUAUAUUUCACGAGAUCGCAAAGAGAUUGCUCCAGGGACAGCAGGCUCAAGAAGCACCAGCUGGAAUGGUUCUCAACCAGAGACCAGCUGAGAGGAUGGUGAGCAGUUCAUCAUGCUGCUCGUAAUUAUUGGUGUUGGGUGUGGACUACAAAACUACAUAUGCCAUGGCCUGAAAUCCAAGAGAAGUAUGUAUGCAUCACAGAUGCCCUCAAAGCUUGUAAAGUAGCUGCUGUCAUCUCGCUCUUGUUUCUUAUCUUUAUCAUGUUCGUUCUGUAAAUGUGAAUACUAGGGUGUCGCUGCAGAGAUUCAGAUGUGUUACUACAGUGUAUGCUCUUGCUUAAGUAUUUCUCAACAGUGAAACAAAGUAAAGCAAAGUCUAGUCAUAUUCGUCUUAUUUGAUUCGAUUCAGAUCGUGCAGUGAGCUU